AGGUCGGCUGUGCUCGCUCGGCUAUGCUCUAGACACCAUCACUCAAUCUCUCGCAAGAGCAUCCACCGCCGAUAAAUAUGGACCCGAGCCAGUCAAGUAAAAGCACGCAUCUCGAUCCCGCUCGUGAGCGCCGGGGCAGUACCGAAUUCGCCCGCGACAGCCUGCGUCGCGAUCGCAUGCGGUCGGGCCUUCGGCAUAGCCGCGGCUCUGGCUCGUUCAACAGCGAUGACCACCUUGGAGCCGACUCUCUGAGCCUCGAUAACCUGAGCGCUUCUCCGAGCCGGCGCUCCAUUCAUUCGAGCGGCAGGAUGAGCAUCGGAAGCGAAGAUGGGCUCGAGACCGGGUCUCCAAGGAAAGCAGACGCAAACAACAGUAGCCCAGGAGCGACGACCCUCUCUUGAAAUGAUCAAGCCGACACCAAAGACUAUCGAACAUCUCGUCAAGAGCUCCACUCUCAAAGGGCCAUCCGACAUCACGCGCAAGGUCUCAAUGUCUUCAAAGCCAUUCGGUCCAAACACAUCGGGGACCCUCGCCGGAGGAGUCGCCCCGAGUCAUCCCUCGAUCGAGGCCUUCCGCAGAAUGACAUCCAAAUCGAAUGCCGAUUCGCGACGGGCGCCCCGUGGAUCAAUGGACAUCCUCUCCAAUCCAAAGCUGUCCUCUUAUGCAAGAAAAUCAAACACCAGCCAGAGAUCCGACUCGGUCUCGGACUACAUGUCAACCAGCACCGAUAUUCUCGCUCCGCAGAGAACCUGGACGCACAGGCAACCCGCCAUCGGAACGGGCCCAAUGGAUGUCUUCAAGGAACGCGCUCCAACCUUUUCCAUGGGCGGCCCUGGCUAUGGAGACAUGCUCAAGCAAAGAUAUGCAAGCCGAGAAGCCAUGGGAGAGCCUUCAUUUUCUUCCGACCAGUUCCCGUCCCUUCUUAGACGCCAGAUCAGCGACGCUUCCUCGCACAAACACUCCCAAUAUCUCUAUAGCAAUCAGUCGACGCCAUUCUCAAUAUUCAGCAAAGAUAUCAACACCGAGUACACAAGCGAUGGCGAAGAUGAGGAGGAGGAAGAGGAAAUGGGCGACAGAUGCGAGGAAGAUCAAAUCCAAGAAGAGGAUGAGCAGGACAAAAAUCCGGAACGCCUGCCACGAACAAGUUCCAAGAGCCCGAGCGAGAGCUCCAGCGAACAAGCAUCGCGGCAAGCCACAAUCCAAAAGUCGGCGACGGUGUCCUCCGACGGCACCGAGAAUCUCCGAGUCGAAAUGAAGGGGAGACAGCCAACCAUUACAGGCUCCGGUAUCAAUCAGUCGGCAUACAUCCCAUCCAAAAUCGUGAGUGCCACGCAAUCGUUGGCAAGCGACCUAAACGACAUGGACAUCUCGGCCAGCGACGUGACUGAUGCAACAAAAUCCAUUUCAAUCCAUAUCUCGUCAUGGAAAGACAUCUCCUUCAAGACCUUGUUCAAACUACGCACGAUCGAUCCAGACUGGAAGGCGUAUCGAAUCUGGCAUGGCUUUACGACCUUUUUGCAUUUCAUCAACUUCCUGGUGGUCCCUUUUGAACUUGCGUGGACCUGUACCUGUGUCUCUCCGUCGUUCUACUUUGUCCAGUUCAUUAUGGACAUUAUCCUCCUUCUGAAUGAGCUCAUCAGCAUGUGUGUGGCAUUCAGAAACAAGUACGGCUUGAUGGUUACCGACAUCAAAGAGAUCACCCGCCUCCAUUUCGUCGAGAAACGCGGCUUUAUGAAGAUGAUCGGAUGCGUGCCCUGGGAUAUGAUUGCAGCCUCGGUUGCAUUUUCAUCAGGAAUUCAAUGCGAUGAUGUCAGCCACGAAUUCAACAUCUUCCGAGUCCGUGCAGCACUACGAUUCCUUCGUUUUAUCCCCAUGACCCAGCUUUUCCUGUGGGCCCUGGACACCCAGUUCCCAAAUAUGCCAGUGCCCAUCUCCCGACUGUUGAAGAACAUGCUGGCUGUUCUGUGCUUGACCCAUCUGAGCGCGUGCUUUUUCUGGCUUCUCUGCAUGCUCGAAGGACCCGACAUCAACACCUGGAUUGACAUCUCCAAUCUGAUAGUAGACGACCAAGGGCAACUCGUUAGCGUGUUGACCCAGUACUUGACAAGCUUUGUCGAUGCUGAGAUGGCUAUCUUCUUCUACUUCCGAGAGGUUUCCACAACCACAGAGGUCAUCUAUUGCAUCUUCGAGCUCCUCGUUGGGAGCAUCAUGUACGGCUCCAUCUUUGGAAACAUCGCGAGCUUGAUCAGGGCCAUGGACUCUCAAGCUGCUCUCCAUGAAAUCAGCACACAUCGAACCAUCAAGUAUCAGAUCAUGAUCGAGUUCAUGCAUUCCCACGAGUUCCCGGUCGAGUUGCAGGAAAAGAUCAUCAACUCGGAGAACUUUAUCUGGAAUAGAAACAAGGGAUACGACGAAGCGGCGCUCUUUCUGCGGCUACCGAGCUACUUGCGCCAACAAAUCUCGAAUCAUCUGUACCUCGAUCUGGUCGCCAAGGUUCCGCUUUUCAAGGACACCGAGAUUGGCUUCCAGAACAUCUUGACCAGCGCCAUCAUGCCCGUGUCCAUGCUCAAGGGAUGGUAUCUGUUUCGCGAAGGGGAGGAAGGAUAUGAAAUGUUUUUCAUCCGGAGCGGCAAGGUCGCAAUCAUGAAGAACGAAAGUGUCUUGGUUGAGCUCGGCCCCGGUUCAUUCUUUGGCGAGGUGGCAUUGUUCGAUGCCAACUGCAGGCGCACAGCCGAUGCCCAAGCCGCAACCAAUGUCGAUCUGUGCGUCCUGUCCAAGGCUGAUUUUGAUGCCAUCCUCGAGGAACAUCAAAACAGCGCCAAGAAGAUUAAGGCAGCGAUACUGCUGCGAAAGCAGGAGUACCAGAAACGAGAACAAGAAAAGGAGCAGAAGGAGAAGGAACAGAAGGAAAAGGAGCAGAAGGAGAAGGAACAGAAGGAGAAAGAAAAGGAGUGAGGCCCAGCGAGCGACGGCUGGCAUAUCAGGUCGACUGAAGCUGCCUCGAGCCGGGAUGCCUGGAGAAGGAAGUGCUCCCUCCGAUGUGAUUAUUGCUGAUCUAUGGAUAGUGCCUCACACUGCCCAACAGUGCACUCAUUCUUUAACGGGGCGCCCUGUUUUGAGUCAAAGUUGUUGUUGAUUUUUGGGCAUGAAUACAUACCGCCCAUCGCUGCCA